GAUACCUUCCCGAAUGGGAGACAACUUCUUAAUUACGAAAAGACCUAAUGCUAACUAGCUCAUUGAGAUUGUUAACAGCUGUGUUACUUGUGCAAGCUAUCAGUUUAGAAGUGGAAAGAAAAAUGAAUGCAGCAAAAAAGGUUAAAUGUGUACAUGCGGGGGCGAACCAGGCAGAGGCAGUAAUAGAUGUCACCAAGUUUGGUGGAGAAAGCGGCCUAGCGGAUGUGAUUCUGGUAGUCGAAGAUGUUCGAAUCCCUGUCAUUAAGAUCGUCCUUUCGCUGGUGUCUCCAGUGUUUCGGGCAAUGUUCGAGAGUGAAUUUAAAGAAAAAAAUCUAAAAGAAAUCUCCCUGCCAGGAAAAAAGCUUGGACCGUUCCUACACUUUUUAAAUUGGAUAUACCCUGACAUAAGGGCAACGGUAACAGCCCAAAAUGCGUUUCCCAAUGCUAGGUUGGCGUCUGAAUAUCAAGUAAAACAGCUAACGGAAGAGUGUGAUGAAUGCCUCUGGCGAUACGCAAAUGCAUGCAUCUUUUCUGAAACGAAACAGCCGGAUCGACGUGGUCUUUAUUCCGAAACGAAAUCAUUUGAUGCAUUGCAUUACUUGCAUUUGGCUGAACAGUUCGGUCUUAAAAAGCUGGCUAACAUAUGUGUGCAACUAGCAUCAGAAAGGAAUUUACAGAAGAGAAAGGAUGGUUUUCAGUCUUGGAAAAUAUCAUUAGAAAGUCAAAGAAAGAUAACAAAUCUGGCCGUUGAAAGGUUGGAUCAGUUCGAAAGCGAUACACGUUCUUUGAUUGACGUUCUUGACCAGGAAGAAAUCAGGGAUCGAAUCACAGAUGAAUUCAAUACGUGUUUGACACCAUCCGCACAAUUAAGAGCACUAAGGCUAGCGUACGUCUAUUGUGGCCAUUCAUCAGAUGUAUAUGAAAGAAGUUUUAUGGAAAUUCAAAAAGAGUUGAAGGAAAAGAAAAUGUACCUUUCCGACAAAAGUUUCCUGCUUCUGCCAGAACUGGUGAAAGCUGACAUAAAUAGAAUGUUUUCGUUGAACAAUGAUUUUUUUUAAUGGAAUUGACAAAUCAUGAAAUACGAAACGCACUUGGAUAUGUUGACUUCCAUUAGAAGAUAAACUUCUGAAAACCCUCCAGUAAGCCAACCAACACAAUACCUGAACGGUGUAAAACGUGAAUGACUUGGAACCGCAAUUUGUAAGCACGUUGAGGCGAAUUAAAUGCGUGGGUUUACGCUGAAGAGCAAUAAUUGGUAGAAUUUAUUUAAAUAUGGAUAUCUCUUCGCUUAUCAUAGAAAUGACUUGAUUGUGUUGCGAAUUUUUGCACAAAACAGAAAAAUUUAUCACGAAAUACAACAAAACAUCGGAAACAUAUGUCUGCAUAACAUGGGUCCAAAUGAUGAGCUUAAAAGCAGUUAAAGUAUGGAAACUAUGGGAAGUAUAACCAUUAUGGUUAACCGCUGUGACCAUUGUUCAAAACCUAUAGGCAACAAAUAACGUAAGACGUUAUGCACUCAUUGAAUUUCUACGUAUAUAAACUGUCUUAUGGCAUACUUGUCCAUAAAGAAACUUUUAUGCGCAAACGAUAACACUUAUAUGAUCCCAAUUCUUUUAUAUGUAAUGUGUAUUCUUAGUUAUUCAUAAACACAGUAUUGCCUUAUGUUAAUGUAAGUACCAAUAACCCGAUAUUAGGUAUAAAAUGAUAUGUAUUGCUAGAGCGAAACAGAAAAACUUUAUUAUCUUUCACAUGUCGCAUGAUACAAUUAACAUAGCUGAAUUGUGACUACAUGUGAGAAAAAAUAUAUUUAAUAAUUCAUUCAUUUAACAUCGGGAAAUGGUAAAAAUAAAACAACGUUAUAUUGGUUAGCGUUGAAGAUGACCUUGAAGUUUAAUCAGCUUCUGAAAUUAUUCAAAGAGCUUACGGGUUUAAGCGUUAUAUUUAUCAACGUUACUUUUGAUAGGUGUUAUUUGACAAGAUUUGACCAAAUGACACACACACGCUUCAUUGAACAAUCGCAUAUAUUAUCAAAUAACAAUUUACAUGUAAAUGAAAAUAAAGCGUACAUAUCCUGUGUGAUAAAAUAGAUGAUGCACAACAAUAUUUAAUGUGUGAAAAGUAUGGGUAAGAGAACCUUUUUUGCGUUUGAAAGAAUUGUAAAAACAGCUCAUCCACUAAUCUGGGGAAUCUAGUUUUGAGUCAUCACAUGUCGGUCACUCUCCCGUCUAGUUAUAAUCGUGGUGGGGUGGGGGAAAACUUAAGGGUUAAAUUAUGCAAGUUAUACAGAGCACACAAUAUCGUGAUGAAGUUAGUACUUCGAUUACUGCGUGCAUGUAAAGCAAGAAUCUUGUUUACAAAUCUGUGGAAAUAUAUACCACAUACAAUGAUACUAGUAACAUGAUUGUUACCCUUUAAAGAGCUACUACUUCUACGAAAAAUAAACGUUUUUAUUUGAAGAAAGAUUAUUCGAAGAUUUAAAAAACCGGUAUACUGGAGCUAUGAACUUUGUAUUUAUUAUUAUUAUUAUUUGUAAUUCUUUCUUCAUAACAUAAAUAUGGGAAUUGUUUGAUAGUUGGUUUGCAAUGUUAAUACAGAUCUACGGUUUCAGCUUAUCAUAUAUAUGAUAUAAGAACUGAUUUAUUAAAUAAGGCAUUUAACAUGAAUUGUGACAUAGAACACGGUAUAUUAUCCAGUGCGAGCAGUUAACCACAAAAUAUGUUUAUUUUAUGUAAAUUAGUUAUGAUUUAUUAUGGUAAUUUAAAUAUUUAAAUAAUCUCAUAUCGUUAAUUCGCCAUACAUCGACGAAUUCCAUUAACAAAUAACAAUUUUACAAAAAACAUUAUAUUUCUGACUAUAAAAAUUGGGUUGAUUCCUAUCAGAUAAGAAAAUGGAAAUCGUUAAAACAUCUCAAACAAAACAUACACCGACUUUUAAUAAAAUCUUAAAAUUAAAGGGUGUUCGUGCGUUCGUGUGUUCCUGUGCUGGUGUGUGCCAUUGUUUCAUGAAUGUCUACUUGACCACGGAAAAAUGUAUUACAUUAUAAAUUGUUUGUUUCGCUAUUUACGAAUUUUAUUAAGUAUACUAACAAAACAAGAUAAAGGACUUACUUCAUAA